AAAGUCGCGCUGGACGGGAUGAAAACAGUGGCUCAAAGAAGGGAACCCUCAUUUAAAUGAUGCUACUACCAAUGUAGAGUUUAAAAAAAUGGGAAUUGUGGGAAGGGAAAAGGUUUCAGUUGGCACCAUGCUUAAGUUAAUAUGAAACUAACAGCAUUUUUUCUCAAUUAUCUUGCUGAGAUGUCAAUGACUAUUGUUUGGCGGUCCUGGACGUCGCUCCGCCCCUCCUGUUUGUCGUAAACCUGGCGCCUAGCUACAAUAAACCCGAGCUAAAGAGUGGCCAGGGCUCGCCUCCUCCUCGAAGGCGAUCAAUCGGAUCUCAGGCACACCACAAGCACUCUCUUACGUCGACGUUGCACGAGAACGGCGCUGAUUACAACAACACGGCUGAAGCCGCUCCACCAAACAUCCACCUGCUCUCUGAACCAUGUCGCUGAGCCCAAAGCACACGACACCUUUCUCAGUGACAGACAUUUUGAGCCCAAUCGAAGAGACGUACAAGAAGUUUGGUGGCAUGGAGAGCACGGGGAACCUCGCCUCUCCGCUGGGAGCGUACCGGCAGCCUCAGGUGUCCCAGACGGGCAUGCAGCAGCACUCCAUGGGCCACAACGCCACGGUGGCCAGCACCUACCACAUGCCACACUCCGUCUCCCAGUUCUCGCACGGCGCUAUGGGGGGCUACUGCAAUGGCAGCAUUGCCAACAUGGGGGAUUUACCCUCUUACCAAGAAACUAUAAGAAACAGUGCUGCAGCAACAGGGUGGUACGGCGCCAACCCCGACCCAAGAUAUUCAACAAUUUCUAGAUUCAUGGGACCUUCCACAGGUAUGAACAUGACGGGGAUGGGCACGCUGAGCGGCAUGGCGGACGCUUCCAAAGCCAUGACCCCCCUGCACGCCGCCCCGAGGAGGAAAAGGCGCGUGCUCUUCUCCCAAGCGCAGGUCUACGAGCUCGAGCGGAGAUUUAAGCAGCAGAAAUACCUGUCGGCGCCCGAGAGAGAGCACCUGGCCAGCAUGAUCCACCUGACCCCUACGCAGGUCAAGAUCUGGUUCCAGAACCACCGCUACAAGAUGAAGCGGCAGGCCAAGGACAAAGCGGCGCAGCAGCUGCAGCAGGACGGCGGCCUGUGCCAGCAGCAGCAGUCGCCCAGGAGGGUGGCUGUGCCCGUGCUGGUGAAGGACGGCAAGCCGUGUCAGAACGGCUCCAACACACCGACGCCCACCCAACAGCAGAUGCAGCAGCAGCAGCAACAGCAUCAGCAGCAGAACGGUUCUGGGGUCGUGCUUCCUGCUACGAGUAACGCUAUAAACCAGCACCAGAAUCAGCAGGUCAGCGCGCUCGUGCAGGCCCAAGACCUCGAGGAAAUGUCACCAAGUCCUCCAUCCCUCCAUUCUUCACUGAGCAACAUGGGACAGAUAGACACUUCCGUAGAUUACACCAACAACAUGGUCACGUCAAACCUGCUUUAUGGCAGGACGUGGUAGGACGGGUCAUCGUUUAAAAACUUUUUGUU